AUGGAAUUAGGUUUAAUAAUAAUUCUAUUAUCAUUUUUGCCACCUUCAAGCGGUUCAUCAUUUUCAGUAACAGUAGCAACAAGAGGAUUGGCAGAGGAGGUAAUAAUAGAUCAAACAAAAUCAUAUUCCCUGCCUUCUUUUGUUGUUUUUGAACAUGCUAGCCAAAUUCAAAUCGAUACUAGUACGAUGGAUAGUAGUAUUUCUUCCGGUGGCGACUUUUUUUUGGCAACACCUUCAAUAGACAGCGCUGAUGGGUCUGGAGGAGGAGUGAUGGAGAUCAACACAUAUUGGUCUAAAGAAUUAAUCGUGUUAUCCUACUUGGUCUCAGUUCUCGGGUCCUAUACAUCACUCCAAUGUCUUGCUCAAUUGACAAGUACCAGCAACAAAAUAUUUAGACAACUUUUCCUAACAAUUGGUUCAGUUUCACUUGGUGGUGUUACUAUUUGGAGUAUGCAUUUCAUUGGAAUGAUGGCAUGUCAUUUUAAUGUACCUGUUUCAUAUGAUAAAUGGUUAACUUUUCUUUCGGGUGCAGUGGCAGUGUUAUCAUGUCGAUUGGGAUUACUAUUGUUGACGGUCGAGAUACCACAAGUCAUUGUGAAUUACCUCAAUCGAAGAAAAUCAAAACAAUACAAUACUAUAGAGGAAUCAAUGAUCAUUGAUAUGGAUCAUAAUCAUCAACAACACUGUCAACAACAACAACAAAUAGGCAAUGUAUUUUCAUUGGAUGGUAAUACGGUACUACAGUCAGAUCAUCAAUCAUAUUGCAUAGAGAUGACAAUGUUGAAUCAUCAAUCGACAUCGAUCACGAGCUCACCAAUUAUCAAUAGACGGUUAGUGUCUGGUGACACUGCCAAUAGCAAUAGUAAUAGUAGUAGUAAUAGUAAUAGUAAUUCACCCUUUCAUUCAUCCUCACCAUUGUUUGAAUGUAAUUUGAAUAAUAUUAAUUUAAAUGAUCAUAAUAAUAAUAAUAAUAAUAAUAAUCAUAAUAAUGGUAAUAAUCAUAACAACAACAAUAAUAAUAACAAUCAUAAUAACAAUAAUCAUAAUAAUAACAAUCAUAAUAAUAAUAAUAAUAAUGGUAAUAAUGGAAAUAAUAAGAAAAAGAUACCAAAAAAAGGAAUUAUACCAUUAAGUCAAAGUGAUAUUCAACACAUUGUAAAUAUAAAUGAGCUCAUUGACAUUAAACAACAACAGCAAAGAAAAGAUAGUCAGAGUGGGAAAUACUCGCCUUUGAUUGGAAGUUCUUUGUUUGAACUAGAUGACAACAAUGACAACAACACACUCAAACGAGAAUUAAAAUCACAGAAACGAAUGUCAUCGAUGUUGGACCCAUCACAAUACAACCAAAAUGUAGUGAUACGGUUGAUAUUGGCAAGUUUCUUUACAUCAUGUGGUAUUUUUAGUAUGCAUUAUUUGGGUAUGGCCGGUAUGCAAAUGAAUGCAAUGAUGUCUUAUAACAGAGGACUGGUGUUUCUCUCGUUUAUCAUUGCAUGGAUAUCAUCAAUAGUGUCUCUCAACAUUGCCACAUUCUCCUUUUCACAUCUUCAGCAUCUAGUGUCUGGAUUGUUUAUGGGAUUGGGUGUAUGUGGAAUGCAUUAUGUUGGCAUGUUGUCAGUCAGCUACACAUUUGUAGACAAGGGACUCAUUAUAGCCGACGACAAGGAUAGCAUUGCUCUAACCGUUUCCAUUCUAUCGCUAUUUACCUGUUUUCUCAUCAUUGGAGUCACUUCAUUUGCCAAUCAAAGAAUAAGAGAUAAAUUAAUUCUUUUGGCUUCUGAAUUGGAUAUUGAAAGAAAGAAAUCAGAUGUAUUAUUAAAUUCAAUUUUACCAAUCCGUAUGUCCAACUUUUAG